AUGGAUAUCCCUUGCCUGAUCAAUACCUUAGGCUGGGGUGACAUACUCCCUAAUCGAAACUUUGGGUUUCGACCAGAGGCUGUACGCAUGUUCUAUGCGAAUAUGAAGCCAUGUCUUCAUAUCUCUCCACACUGUUUCACUACCAUAGUGUACAACUAUCUGAUAACACUUAAUGUGGAGCUGCUGUCAUUACUACUGGGCAUUCGUGUUUCUAGAGCAGAAGUCAUGAAUGAGCUUGACUUCCAUUCUGUUGAGUUCAACGAGGGAGAUGCCUUGCGACUGUACACUCGUGAUACAGGCCAUUAUUAUCCUUCGGAAUUCCAUUCCGGGAAACUCCGUGAUGAUCUCAAGGUUCUGCAUUUUAACAUAACUCGGCUAUUCCUACCUCGCUCUUUUGGCCUCAAUACCAUUUAUCCAUCUGAUUUAUGGAUUCUAGCUAGUGCCAAGGAGAAUCAGUUAUAA